UGAUUACUCGCCGGAUCCCAGUGAUUUCCAAGGAUCUCCUGGGGAGAACUGUUUUGUUUACGAACAGUUCUCCCUGUCAGCUCUUGCACACUGCAUUCGAAUGAACAGGGUGCAAUUCUGAUGCAUCAGUGUGAACCCAGCCUGAAGCACACAGCCACCUAGUAAAACGCUCCCAGCACACAGUUAACCCUUUGAUCGCCCCUCAUGUUAGCCCCUUCCUGCCCAGUGCCAUUAGUACAGUGUCAGUGCUUUUUUUUUUUUUUUUUUCUAGCACUGAUCACUGUAUUGGUGUCACUGGGGAUGUCAGUGACACCAAGUUCGUUCUCCCCCAGUGUCAGAAUGUCUGCCGCAGUCCCGCUAUAAGUCACUGA